ACAGGUUGUGCAAAGUGCAGUUGUUAACAGCCCAGUCCAACUGGAAGAUCUCCCUCCAUGUCCACGAGUACUUGGUAUCUUCCUCCUCCCGUCUUCUUUUUACAAGAUAUCUUCAGCUUUCAACAAAUCCUUGGCUCUUCGGUAGUAUCGCGACGUUUUCGGCAUAGAGCAACACGCAACUCCCCGAGCCGUUUCAACUUGCGCAAAGUGGGGUGCUCCAAUUGAGCCUUACGCACGUGAAGCCCGCACUGUGUUGCUCGCCAGCAGAAUUGUGUGCACUACCCUAUCCUCACAGUAAACUGCACUGUACCCUGGUUGGCCUUCAACUUGCCAUCGCUGGAUGGAAGCUGCCUCUCCUGGGCUGGGGCAGCAACCAUUGUAUUUUGCGGCGCAGUCAUCUGUCCUGACCUCCUCUGUAGACCCCCCAUACGUUCUUUCUUUUGACGAUAAUUAAUUAAUCACUCUUUUCUUGUUGCCUCUUGUUGACCUCUCGCAAGCCACCCCUUUCUCGUAGUGCCGCCAGCCAAACCAAUACCCCCGUGCCCGUCCGGCGACACUUCAAACUCCACAAACAGAGCCUUAACGUCCAACCACCACGAGGCAAAAGCCAACUCGCACACACUCUUUGCAUGGCAUAGACAGUAGGACUUUCUUCGCAUAUCAUGCCCGCUACGAGGCUCUAGUGGUCCAUGUUACAGCAGUUCUAGCGCAUUCGCGCGCCCACCUCUCAUUUAGCUUGUCGAAUUGACACCAAGCCACCACACCACUCGGCACCAUGAACGACAACCCGCCGCAUACCCCGCGGCGAACCUCGCACAAUUCUAUACCUCCUCCGCACUCGAUACCUUUGCAGGAAAUCCAGCGCUCGCCAGAAGGAACCAGCAAUGGGCGUGGGGGAGGAGAUGGUUUCGGCGCUGGGGGGUCUUACAAUGGAGCUCAGGAUGAAAAUAACAGGCCGCCAGCAUCGCCGGUUUCCAUGUCGGCCAACCUUCCAGGUUUCUCGUCUUAUUGGGAGAACCCAUAUCCAACGGCACCCCACGAUGCGGGCGGGACCGGCGGAAACCAUUCCCCUAUCGAUCACUUGGGCCUUCAGUUUGCGCUGCCACCUGAGAUAAGACAACCAUCACCUUCUGCCUCACAGGGCUACAUCACCUCGGCCGAUGACCCGUACCAAAUACCUCACCCUUAUUAUGACGAGCGAGCGGAUACGGACUCCUUGGAGUCGGAUAGAGUACCUCUGAAGCCAUCGGCGCAACCCAUCGGCCGUUUAGAGCCACCGGAAGGAGAAGCGGUCCCCCGCUAUAGCUUUCAGACCGUAUCCGAUCUUGGAAAUACACCCUCUCGAGCACGAAGUACCCAGAUGCUUGGGUUUGAUUUGGAGCCGGGAUUUUCAGCGGACAGGCAUCGCAACUAUGGGGACAAUCUCUCACCAGUGGACGGGGGGCGGCGGUCCCGAACUCAGUCUACCAGCGGCGCCUUGCAUAGAGCAGGCUCUAUCAUGAGGGCCAUGUCACAGCGUGUUGUCGCUAUCAGUGGUGAAGGUGAUUUAGUGGAUCAAGCAACCAGGCGUGAACGCGAACGGUCUCGGUCGCGCUCCCGUUCACCUAGUGUUGACGGCCGCCGGCCGGGCCAUGUGUCCGCACCAAUGCUUGUCGAUACCUCGUAUCCCUCACAGUCGUCCCAAAUACCAGCGGAAAAGGAUUCGGGGGCCACCUAUGUUCAUUCUCAGCAGCCAUCCUCGCCUAUGCCUCGCCGGCGUGGCCCUCUUCCAAACCCACUCAGGGGGAACUCACUUGGCAUUUUCCCCAAGGACAAUGCGCUCCGAGUAUGGCUGUGCGAUCUCCUGGUGAAUCCCUGGACAGAGCCCUUCAUUUUGUUGCUGAUUAUUGCGCAAACAAUUCUCUUGGCUGUUGAGUCGGCACCCGACGUUUUCGUCCCAGGAAAUGAACGACCAGAGCGCUGGGGCACCACGCGGAUAGACUGGGCCAUAUUUGCGCUGUUUAUUAUUUUCACACUCGAAAUCAUCGCCAGAAUCAUUGUUUCUGGCUUCAUCGUUAACCCAGAGGAGUAUGCUCCUCCCAAGACUAAGCGCCGAAUUAAAGAACGGGUCGCCGAACAAUAUCGGGCCAUAUUUCGACCUCAGCGGCAGCGGUCCACCAGACAGCCAAAAAAGGAAGAGGAGUUUAUGCCGACGUUUGCUAGGUCAUUUACCAUGAUGCAUGGCGUCGCGGCUGGUCAAGGCACCCUGGAGGAGCAACAGCGCCUUCUGCUUGCGCGCAGAGCGUUCUUAAGGCAUGGCUUUAACCGGCUUGACUUCGUGGCAAUCGUUUCCUUCUGGAUAUCGUUUGGGCUUGGUGUUGCUGGCUUGGAGAGCAAGCAUUCCAUCUACGUGUUUCGCAUGCUCAGCUGUCUGCGCAUCAUCAGGCUUCUUGCCCUCACAAAAGGCAACCUUAUCAUCCUGAGGAGUCUGAAAAAGGCAGCGCCACUUCUUGUUAGGGUCUCUUUUUUGAUGGGCUUCUUCUGGCUCAUUUUUGCCAUCAUCGGGGUUCAGAGUUUCAAAUCGAGCCUGAGCCGCCAGUGUACUUGGCUCAAUCCUGAGGACCCAACGAACUUUGAUAUCACCUACUCGCCAAGCAUGUCCUUUUGCGGUGGUUAUCUCAAUGCCACUACAGGAAAGGCAGAGCCUUGGGUCUACUCCAACUCUCCGACAAGAAAUCUAUCGGAAGAGUUUCUCGUGAAGGGUGCUCAGAAUUCCAAAGGCCAUGUAUGCCCACGAGGGUCCAUCUGUCUUCAACAAGACAACCCCUUCAACGGAACGGUCAACUUUGAUGACAUCGGACACUCUCUUGAGCUAGUGUUUGUGAUCAUGAGCGCGAACACCUUCAGCGACUUGAUGUACUAUACGGUCAGCUCCGACUUUUUACCUGCGGCACUGUUCUUUGGCGCUGGAAUCAUCAUCAUGAUGCUCUGGAUGACGAACUUGUUGAUUGCCGUCAUCACAUCAUCUUUCCAGGUCAUUCGCGAGGAAUCCAAGGCCAGCGCCUUUACGUCCGAGGAUUCCUAUUUCGCAGCACCUACGGAUGCCGCUACGCGGCGACUUUCAGGAUUGCAGCGCUUUGUGAAAAACACACAGUGGCUGUGGGCACUUGUGAUCACAUUUGGGCUAUUUGCCCAAGCCUUGCGGACGGCUUCCAUGGAUGCGAUGCGUGAGAGGUUUAUCAACACAACAGAGGUCGUUGUAACCAUCCUUUUGGCUAUCGACAUUGCCAUACGUUUUGCUGCGGACCACCAUCGGUUUCAUCGCAGUCCUCGUAACCUCUUCGACCUAUUCCUAGCCGUCGUCACCGUCAUCAUUCUCAUCCCCUUCAUCCGCAAUUCAGGUCAGGUCUACAACUGGCUGACCAUCUUCCAAAUCCUGCGGGUGUAUCGCGUUGUUCUCACCAUACCAAUGACGCGAGACUUGAUUUACCUCGUCCUUGGAAAUGUCACCGGUAUCGGGAACUUGAUGCUCUUCGUCUUUCUUAUGACCUUCCUUAUGGCCAUUUUCGCAUCACAGCUAUUCCGUGGUCAAAUCCCAGCCUUGGAUUCAGAUGACGAGUGGAUCGGGAUCCCCUUCAACACCAUCUACAACUCCUUUCUGGGCAUGUACCAAGUUCUGUCGAGUGAGGGCUGGACAGAAAUUCUGUACAAUGUCACCACGUACACGGUGAGCAAGAAGACGUCGUGGAUCGGCGCCGUGUUCCUCAUCGGCUGGUUCAUCCUCUCGUACUUUAUUCUCAUCAACAUGUUUAUUGCUGUCAUCCAGGAGAACUUCGAUGUGGGAGAGGACAUGAAGCGCCUUGAGCAAGUGAAGGCGUUUUUGCAACGGAGAGAGCUGGGCGGUUCGUCCAAUUUGGCCUUGUCCAAAGUCUUUGGCUUCGGCCGGUCCAAGCACCGCUCAGACCCUCUUGAUCAGGGCACGGGAAUGAUAGAUAUGUUGUUCAAAGAAGGGUUCGUUCGCGAAUUUCUCGACGAAAGCUUGGACCCUUUGGAGACUACAGAUGGCCAAGCACCACCUCGGGCAACAACCACAUACAACGGCAAUGUCAAACCAGGGUUCCUCUCCGCCAUAUGGGGCCACUUGGUGACCAAGUUUACCAGCCGAGAGCCCAAUCCAUUCUACUCCAACAUCCGCUUCGAGGCGGCCAACGCGACUUUGGAUCCUGGCCAGCUCGCCCGUCAGGCUGUGAGCGCAACGGCAGCCCGGCGCAAAGCACAGCGGGAGUAUCUGAUGCGCCAUCCAAAUUACAAUACGUCUCUGUUCAUCUUCAAGCCACGAAAUCCUAUCCGCCGUCUCUGUCAGAAGAUGGUGGGCCCGGGCCGCGGUACUGAGCGCUUUGAAGGUGUUCAGCCGAAUAAGUACGCAUGGUACACCUUCUCAGCCCUGAUUUACGCUGCCAUUGUUGCCAUGGUCGUUCUCGCUUGCAUCACGACUCCGCUCUACCAGAAGGAAUACUUUCAAGACAAGGACAAAACCAAGGUCAACUGGUUCGUGUGGUCAGAUAUGGCGUUUGCCAUCGUGUUUACAGCCGAAGCGGGCAUCAAAAUCAUUGCGGACGGCUUCAUGUGGACUCCGAAUGCGUACUUCCGCAGUACAUGGGGCGCUAUUGAUGCCAUCGUGUUGGUUACCCUGUGGAUCAACGUCAUCACGCUGUUUACCCAAAACGGAGAGGUAUCCCGCGCUGUCGGUGCCUUCAAGGCUCUCAGGGCUCUGCGACUAUUGAAUGUCAGCGAUAGCGCCAGAGAAACGUUUCAUUCGUUACUCAUUGUUGGGGGUUGGAAGAUAUUGAGUGCUGCUUUUGUGUCCAUAUCGCUCUUGAUUCCAUUCGCAAUCUACGGCCUGAAUCUGUUCAACGGGAAGAUGGUCUCUUGCAACGAUGGGGAAGAUAUUAUAAACCUCAGUGACUGUGUCGGCGAGUAUUUCGCAACCCCGUUCAACAACGAAUGGCCGAUGCUUGCGCCCAGAGUGGCAGACAACCCCUUCUUCAAUUUUGACGACUUUGGAUCGUCCCUUUUUAUUCUGUUUCAGAUUGUCAGUCAAGAAGGGUGGACGGACGUCUCCUUUGCAGCACAGGCCAUCACCGGCCAGGGACUUCAACCGUUAGGCGCGCCGCCAUAUCCGGCCGAGGGCAACGCGUUGUUCUUCGUCGUCUUCAACCUCAUGGCCACCGUCUUUGUGCUCACCUUGUUCAUUUCCGUCUUUAUGCGAAACUACACGGAGCAAACCGGCGUCGCCUUCCUGACGGCCGAGCAGCGCUCGUGGCUCGAGUUGAGGAAGCUCCUCAGACAAAUAUCGCCUUCCAAAAACGCUUACGACGACAGCAAGAACAAGUGGAAGAUCUGGUGUCAUAAGCGCGCCAUCGAGAAGCGAGGGAAAUGGUAUCUUGCCAUCACGUCGGUUCUCGUUUUCCACCUUAUCCUGCUGCUUUCGGAAUUCUACAACGAGCCUGAGUGGUGGAGGUGGACCCGAGAUGGUUUAUUCUUGUUGUUCACGCUCAUUUACAUCGUCAACAUCAUCAUUCGCAUUGUCGGCCUUGGCUGGACGCGGUUCCGGCGGAGCUCAUGGGACUUGUUCUCUCUGAUCGCGGUUACGGGCACUUUCGCCACGUCAAUUCUCUUCCUCACGGACCAGAUGCAGGACACGUACAUUCAACUACAUAAGUUCUUCUUGGUGGCGCUCGUUCUCCUGCUGAUCCCCCGGAAUGACGCACUAGACCAGCUUUUCAAGACGGCAGCUGCCAGUUUGACGACCAUUGGCAGCCUUCUUGCUACGUGGCUGAUCUUCUUCUUGGUGUUCGCUAUAGCGCUGACGCAGACGUUCAGCCUUACCCGCUUCGGCAGCGGGGAGGAUGGCAACAUCAACUUACGAACAGUGCCUCACGCUCUGAUCCUCCUCUUUAGGUUCAGUUGCGGUGAGGGCUGGAACGAAGUCAUGGAGGAUUUUGCACAGAUCAAACCCCCGCUCUGCGUAGAGAGUCCUAUUUUCUCUGAGAGCGACUGCGGUAGCACUGCUUGGGCUAGAACCCUGUUUGUUGCCUGGAACAUCAUUAGCAUGUAUCUCUUUGUCAGUUUGUUUGUGUCGCUGAUUUAUGAGAGUUUCUCAUAUGUGUAUCAGCGGACCAGCGGCUUGGCGGUGGUUGAGCGCGACGAGAUUAGACGCUUCAAGGAGGCCUGGCGAAGUGUUGAUCCACUAGGCACUGGAUUCAUCAGUAAGGAGGCUUUCCCCCGACUUUUAGGCGAGCUCUCUGGCGUGUUCGAGAUGCGUAUUUACGAAGCUGAGGACUCGGUCCGUAGCAUUCUGGAAGACGUGCGUAAGGAUAACGAUGCGGCGAGCACCAGACACGCUUCUGUCGUCAGCAAGAGCCAGUACCAGACUGGUGUCGACCUGGCCAAGCUGAAUGAGCGGCUGUCCAAGAUUGAUGUUCAAAAAGUGCGCGCACGCCGCCAUCGUUUCAACAUAUUCUUCGAAGAGGUCAUGGUGUCUGCUGACCCCGAGAGAGGUAUCUCGUUCACGACGGUGCUGAUGAUUUUGGCACAUUACAACAUUAUUAAUGACAGCAAGAGUCUCAGACUUGAUGAGUUUCUGCGUCGAAAAUUGCGCUUGCAGCGUGUCGAGGAAGAAGUCCGACGUCGUAUCGUGCUAGGCUUCUUUGAUAUGUUGUACUAUUCGCGACAGUUCAAGCGCCACAUGCAAUCGAAACAAAACGCACGCAUGACGGCUAUCCCGCAGUUGGAUGUGCCUGAGAUUCUGGUGGACAAUGAAGAGGAGCGGCGGGAACGUAAUACGGUUGCGGGCGUACCAGGGGGGGCCGGUAUCGGCACGCUUACAGAAGAGGGCGCCACUCUUCUCGCUGCGGCGGCAGCUGACAACAAUGGGCGGGCGCGGAGCUGGUCUGGUCUUGGAGCGGAUCUGUCGUCUUAUGACACGUCCUACGGCCACCCGCUUGCUGGCCCACGGACAUCAAAGCCGUCUUCCUCGGGACACCAAGCUCAGCGCAGCGGGUUCAGCUUCGACCUCCCUGACCCGGCAGACGGCGCCCAGGAUGACGAGGCCACCAGUCCGAUAGGGAGACGGGGUAGUUCGGUGAGCCCAGCGGUGGUUAGGGACAUGUUGGACGAUUCUGUGUGGGUGGAGAGCAUUCGGAGAAGUGCCACGAUGAGAAAGAGCGGUUGGGGACCGUCGGGGGGAUUCUAAACCAUAAUGUCAAGCUUACUGGGUAUGGAGUCAAAAGAGACGGUUGAUCUAUGGCGUUUGGGUGCGGGUUUAUCUUGGCCUCAUGAUUUCGACGAUCAAGGGAGGAGCAUUGCCAUUUUUUAAAGCAUUGGCGCACCAGGACUUGGGGGGUUGGAUUGACGUCUUCACUACCGGAACAUGUGCAGAUGGAAAGUAUUGCUAAUAUUUAUGAUGUAGAAUGGGGAACAGCCUUUCAAGAAUGGUGAUAGAUGGAGACAAACCAACGGCUCGCGUUCUAUUUUGAAAUAGAAACGUUUUCAGGUUCGACUACAGAGACUUCAGGCGUAGCAUGGUGCACAUAAUAAUAGGGAGAUCGUAAGGGGCUCAAUCAUGGCGGCACUAUACCGGCUGAUGCGAUGAUGGUCUUCAAUGCAAGGUGAGCAGUUGUCCAAACCUGGCC